UGCUAUCCGAACAAAAAAUGGCUUAUUUAAUUUUACAAAUUUUUGUAUUGGUGACCAUCGCAUCAUGUGCUCUGAGUCAAAGUUAUCCAUAUACCGCGAAUAAUAAUAUAUUUAAUGGGUGUGAUUAUUUUGAAUCAAUUCAACUUGGCCGAAUCUAUGACGUAUUCUCACCAUAUUAUCCCGACAAAUAUCCACCAGGAACAAAUUGCCGUUGGUCUGGAUGUGCUCCGUACGGCACAAAUAUCGUAAUCAAAUGUACUGACAUGAAAAUUCCUACGUAUGGAACAUGUGACAAAAACAGUGACCGACUUGAGGUUUCUUAUCAAGGUUGCCAGGAAUUGAACGAUGCGGUGAAUUAUUGUACACAGCCAUUCGUCACCGAAACAAGAUCGAAUGCCUUAGUCAUGGCGCUUCGAAGUUAUCCCAAUUCGACUGGUGGAGGUUUCUUUUGUCAAAUCUAUGCACAAGUAUCUCCUUUGCCAGCACCUCAGUCAGCAACACAAACUCGUUACAUAACAGGACCAUCAUUUCCACAACGCGUAUACCCAGCACAGCGUCAACAACAAUAUCCACCAUCAUAUCAACCAGGUUAUACACAACAAGGCGUACGCUAUGAGCAAGGAUUUCAACCAACAUAUUAUGCCCCCGCAAGAUUCCCAGCACAAUCAAGACCACAGCCGGCCUAUCAACCCUCUUAUUCACCUGCCAUCCCCUAUCAGCAGCCGGCCGUAACUUACCAAGAAUCUCAGCCAGUGUAUAGAGGUUAUCAAAGUGGCUAUCAGACUGGCUACCAAACAACAUAUCAAACUGGUUACCCACAAAAUGUCUACCCAAUAAAUCAACAACAAAAACCAAUCUACAAUAGUCCCACAUAUUCGCCAACUCAACAGGUGUAUCAACCAAUGGGUCCACAAGACCAAGGUCAAUGCCCAUGUGGACAACGGAAAAGGCCACGCAUUUUGAACGGCGAAAAAAUUGAUAUUGAACAAAUGCCAUUUGCAUGUGGAUUAUUGGAUUUAAAUACAAAAAUUGUUUUUUGUCAUUGCACAAUAAUAAGUCAAAGUUUUAUAAUAUCAGUUGGUCAUUGUUUAUUUAAUCGUACGAUCGAUACGAUUGGGGUGAUUGUUGGUACAACUGAUUAUGCACGACCUGCCAGUUCGAGAUAUGCAGCAACAUAUCGACUAUCUGGUGUAAUUGUUCAUAAAGAAUACGAUCCAUUGUCAAUGCUAAACGAUAUUGCAAUUGGAAAGAUCAUUGGGACGAUCGAAUAUAAUCCGGCCGUUGCACCAGUGUGCCUGCCAAUUAGUGAGAGAUUAUCGCAACAAAACUAUGCCUACUCCCCGGUCGAAGUGGCUGGUUAUGGUGAAACAUCGUACACGGGACCAACAUCAACGCAAUUGCAAGCUGUUACAUUGGAUGUCAUAACAAAUGAUCAAUGCAAUGACAAUUAUCCAUAUCGAAUAACGGCGUCACAAAUGUGCCUUCUUACACCACAUAAAGAUACGUGCACGGGAGAUGAUGGUGCUGGUCUUUGUCAUGUUGAUACAGUAACGGGUCGUUUGGUGUUGGUCGGAAUGCCAAGCUAUGGUGUUGGUUGUGGUACACGUCAGCCACGAGUUGCAUGCCGAAUUUCAUCUUAUAUACCAUGGAUAAUGGAUAUGACUAAAGAACCAUUUUGUGUAAUUUAAUAGAAACAAACUUAUGAUAUUUUCUUUCGAUUUGAAAGUGGAAUUAGCUGUUGCUAAGAGUUUGUAUUGCAAAAUUUAUUCAUCCCACAAACAGUUUGUAGAUAUAAAAAUAUGACGCCAUUUGAAACAAAAAACAAAAAAACAAAUAUAUUAGAACAUAAAUUCUAAGCUUCUUCACAAAUAAAAUGUUUUAUCUUCUAA